AGUUCAUUUUCUGGAGCCAUUUGGGAAUGGGAAUCCGGUUCUGUUCCCCCAGUUCCGACAACCGACACCCGUCUGGAAGGCCAUAUGCGCUGCCAUUAACCCAAACACACCAGAUCGGAUAGCAGUCGAUAUUUUUAUGGAUAUAACUGAGUGAUUUCGAAGACAUUGGAUACUAAAAACAUCAAGGUUGUGUUCUUGUGUUCAUCUCUUUCUGUAAGCGGUAAAGCAUUGCUGGUUCGGUCAGUAUGCAGGGCUGGGUGAUUCUGGCUCUGUUGCUGAGCCUCGGCGUCUUACGCUCUCGAGGGCAGAACGGUCUGAGUGGACUUCCUGUGCCCCAUGGUUUAACACUACAGCCUGAUUUACCUGCACAGACCCUUUCUUUGUCAUGGCAAAGUGACUCAUCGCUUUUCGACGUCGAGAUUUUCCACACCGAGCUCAUGAAUGUGGUGCUAAACGAGACGGUGGCGGUUAAAGCAGAUCCUGUGACAGGACUGCGCGUCUGGACCUGGCGCUCACCGUCACCAUUGGAGUGCACUUCUCAUUCAGUGCAAAUCAGAGCACGAAACCAGCAGUCGAUCAGCCAGUGGAGCCCCCUUCAGACCAUUCCAGGGUCGGAUAUUCCUGAGAAGUCCGAGUCUUACAUGUAUCCCCAGGAUAAGGUGGUUCCUGUGGGCAGUAAUACGACCUUCUGCUGUAUUGUCAAGGAGAAGUCCGAUUUCAAAGAAAUAUUGUACAAGGGUCAGAAGAUGAGCGCCACACGUCUGAGCAGAAGAACUUACGCCAUCACCGUAACCAACCAGCCAGCAUCUGCCAACACGGGCACAAACGUGGUCUGCUGUUCCCCAAUGUUCACCCUCACAGGAGCUGUAGUGUUUGUAGGCUAUCCGCCAGGCGAUGAGGGGUUGGUCUGCGAGACGCGGGACCUGGCAUCCGCAGAAUGUUCUUGGAAGAAAGGACGAGACACUCACUUAAAAAGAAAGAUCAACCGCACUAACUACACCCUUAAUGGAAGGGACUGUUUGGAGGCUAAUGAAGGGAAGACCUGGUUGUGUAGCUGGAAGGUCUGGGAGGAGAACUGGACUCUGGUGGCUCGAAAUCUUCUUGGAACAGUUCAGCUUACUGACUCUGCCCAACUCACCGACCGCGUACAUCUGUUGGCUCCAGCAAAUGUGACGGCGGUUGAAGUCGAGGCGUGGAACGCCACACUGCAGUGGAGCUGGCCUGUGGCGGCGUAUAAAAAGCUGGAGCUGAUUUGCCAGCUGAAGCUCAUCGGCCAUGAACUUUCCAGCGCACGUAUCUACAGUGGCACAGGUUUGUCAUCUGUGAUGCUGGAGGGCUUGUGGCCAGAUGUGGACUACACUGUGACUGUGCGCUGCGGCUCUAAGAACGCUUUCUGGAAGUGGGGGGAUGAGAGCGCCCCCUACAGCAUACACACAAAAAUGGACCGUCCUGAUGCUCUUGAUGUCUGGCUCUGGAUGGACAGCAGUGACACAGGACGUGUUUUCUGGAAACCGCUGUCCGUGAGGAAAAGUCACGGUGCAUUAGUCGGCUACAAGGUUUCUCAGAGCUCAGCACAGGAAGACGGGUUGACACCGGUUUUUCUUCCUCUUGAGAGAUUGAGCUAUCCCAUCAUCCUUAACAACAGCAGUGACAUCACCGUUGCCGUGGCAGCACAAAACCCAGCUGGUCUCUCUCAGCCUUCCACUGUGACCACACCAGCAUACAGAGCAGAUUCCCAGCUGUCUGUGUCUCAGCUGCUUGGCACAAAUGGGAUGUUUGAGCUCUCCUGGCAGCCUAAUGCCAACGCCAGCACAGGGUACGUGGUGGAGUGGGUCCCGACCGGCUGCCGUGGCCUGUGCCCUGUUAACUGGGAGAAAGUUCCAGAAUCAGACAGCAGCUUCACUGUGAAGCCAGAGUCUCUAGAGGAAGGAGUGAGGUACACCGUAUCUGUGUAUGUUCUCUCAGCCGGCGCUGCUACGCUGCUGCAGAGAUGGCAGGGAUACUCGCAGGAAAUGAUUCCUGCAGAGUCAGUUGGUGAACUAUCAGCCAAUCAAACUGGCUCGGAUGUGCUGUUGUCUUGGAAAGCCUCCGCGAUGGAACACCAGCGAGGCUUCAUUCGCGGAUACACCAUCUACCUGGCAAAAGCCGCACUUCUGGAUCUCGUGGCUAACAUCUCUGACCCUGAGGUGCGCUCAUACAGGGUGAAGGGUUUGCCUCUGAGCUCGUACAAGUUCAUAGUGAAGGCCUACACUUCAGCUGGAGAGGACAUGGGGUCGACUGUGGCCAUUAAAAUGGAGAUGGACACAACCGACAUGCUGCUUGUUGGUAUUCUUGUGCCGUUGGCAGCCAUGUUCUGCUGUAUCAUCCUCAUCAGCAUCUGCUGCUACAAGAAGAGAGAGUGGGUAAAGAAAGCUUUCUAUCCUGAAAUUCCUGGACCUAAAGUAGCUGGAGACUGGCCGUCCACACAGGGUCCUCUGGAUGUGAAGCCCUCUCCCCACAGCCUGGUCCACAUUGUGGAUGAUCCAGAGUGGGAUUUCGGUAAGAAGGGUCUGGUCCCGGUACCAGAGGAAGAGGAGGAGUUUGAAAACGACAACAUCGAGGUAGACACCGACUCCGACGAACCGGCCCUCCUGAGAUAUUACAACCAGGUUGUCGGUGACGGCUCCCACAGUAACCAACUCUCAGACUCCUCUGGUUCCUCGACCGCCUCCGUGGGCUCCACGCAUACUGAAGUCACCUACACCGGCAUCCAGAGCCCGAGCUCUUCACAGGGUGUGUGUGCCGGCGGAGGUUACCGGCCUCAGAUGCAGUCCGCCGCGGAUCCAGACGAACCCGAAGGCGAGUUCCUUGAAGACGACGCCUUGAAUACAGGCUAUAAACCCCAGUGUUCCUGGCAGCUGGAUUCUCCGGAGGCGGAAAACUUAAGUGGUUCGCUUGGCAGCCCUACAUCGGUCACAUCAUCCCAGUUCCUUAUCCCAGAAUCCUCUGAGGAGAAACCACAGUCUUCCAGCACCUGGUUCCACAGUUUUCUCUCGGGAAAAUCCUGAGAACGCACUACUUCACUUAUGUUUUCACGUUAGUUUUGUGGCCGUUCACCUUUACGGGGAUGUUUUCAGUUCGUUUUAGACUUGGUGCCCUUACUGGAAAUCGUUCACAAUUAUGUAAUCAACAUCACUACUGUUUCUCAAUGACUUGUGCUAUGGCCAGAGAGGUGAAGUACUACUGAAGAGCUGAAGGUGGCCGUAUCUUCCGCUCGCUCGACGCAGGAUGACGCUUAAAUCAGUGUU